AUGAUGUAAAUUCUAAUAUACGAUGGUAUUAUUGAUUCAUUUGAGAUAUUACAUAUAAAGAAAGUACAAUUGAUCAAAAUAUGGAUUAAAUAUAUUAAAAAAGAAAUAUAUUUAAUGUAUGAAUUAAAUGUGAGAGAAAACACUAUAAUACCGCGAUGAUAGCGCACUCUUGUGAGAAUUAUUCUCCCGCGCAAUAGCAAAGUAAUUUAAAAGGCAGUCUAAAUUUAAGAAUAAUUAUUAAAAUUAAUUUGAAAUUUUUUUAUUAAAAAUUGAAAAAUAUUUUAUUCUGCAUUUCUUUUUCUGAAAUUUUUUCACGUUGUAGUUUUGAUAAUCUAAAUAUUUAUAAUUUUCUAAUCGGUCUCAUUACAUCAUUGAAAAAGUCAAAGCACAUUACUGAAUAAAACUAAAAAUUUUCACAAUAAUAUAUGAAAUGGAACCAUAUAGAUCUAUUAAUUUUUAUAAGACACCAAGUUAAAAUUCAUAGAAUAUAAUUUUAAAUUCAUAGAAUAUACAUUAAAGAGAAAUAUGUAUUCGUAUAAUUAUAGUGCAAAUUUACAAAUUUCGAUUGGUUGGAAUAAACUUAAUAUUUGUUUUAUAAUUUAACACGGAAUGUUACAUAAUCUUUAAGUUUUUCAAUAACAUAAAAUUAUAAUAAUAUAAAAAUCGACAAAAAUCUAUAUGAAAUCUAGAGAAAUAAUUUCAGGCGUAACCACAACGAGGUUGGAAACACUAUAGUAAACCUACUACUCAAUGUUUAAGUGACUGUGAAAGUUGUGUUUGUUAAGUCGUGACAAAACGUAUUAAUUGAAUGGAAAUAUUUGUAUUGUAUAAUCUUAAUUAUAUAUAAUAAUUAUGUAUAAAAAUCAUUUUUAAUCUGUUAAAGAAAACAUAUAGACGAGAGUAAUUCAUGAUUUUUUAGUUAUAAUUUAGUGCACAGAAAGCAAUUAUGGCUGACGCUGCGGCAAGGCAGUUGCAAUAUGAAUAUAAAGCUGUUAGUAUAUAUUUAUUAAUUAGCAUAAAGAUAAUUGAAUGUAAUUUUAUUUUUCCGAUGUAAUUUUAUUUUUGUAAUUUUGAUUAUUACGCGUAUUUAUUCUUUUGUUAUAUUUAAUUAUUACACGAUGAAUAGGUUAAGUCCUAACCUUAAUCAAGAAUUAAACAAGAUGUUUCUACCAAUCAAUAAAUGUUUAUAUGCUUGUUCCAGAAUUCUAACCUUGUACUUCAAGCUGAUGUACGAUUAAUAGAAAGACGUAGCAGAGAUGAAGCCACCGGUGAGGUUAUGUCCCUUGUUGGAAAACUAGAUGGAACACGAAUGGGUGAUAGAGCACAACGUACUAAGCCAGGAAAGGCAGAGGAACGAAAAGUCAAGCGUCAGAAGCGAGAUGAAGCUCAAUAUGAUUUUGCAAGAAUGAAGGGUGCAACUUUGCUCUCAGAAGGUGUGGAUGAAAUGGUUGGAAUUGUUUAUCGCCCUAAAACUCAAGAGACGCGUCAGACUUACGAAGUACUAUUAAGUUUUAUUCAAGAAGCCUUAGGAGAUCAACCUAGAGAUAUUCUUUGUGGUGCUGCUGAUGAAGUACUGGCAGUCUUAAAAAAUGACCGGCUUAAAGAGAAGGAAAAGAAAAAAGAAACAGAAUUAUUAUUAGGUCCAUUAGCUGAAGAGAGAUUCGCAUUAUUAGUGAAUCUUGGAAAGAAGAUAACAGAUUUUGGAAGCGAUGAAAAAACUACUACAAAUGAAGAAAAUAUUGAUGAAACAUAUGGAAUUAACGUACAAUUUGAAGAAAGCAGCGAAGAAGAUGACGAAGAUGUUUACGGAGAAGUUAGAGAAAAUGAUGAUGAAGGCGAUGAAGGUGAAGAAGCUAAUGACGAUAGAGCUAUUCAUGCUGAAAAUUUGGGUGGUGCAGAAGAAAUGAAGAAAGAGAAGCCAUUACAUCCUUUGGAUAUAGAUGCAUAUUGGUUGCAGAGAAGAUUAAGUAGGAUAUAUGAUGAUGCCAUGGUCUCACAAGCAAGGGCUGCUGAAGUAUUGGCAGUCUUAAAAGAUGCUGGAGAUGAUCGUGAUUGUGAAAAUCAGUUAGUGCUUUUGCUAGGUUACGACUGUUUCGACUUCAUUAAACAACUCAAGAAAUAUAGACAUACAAUUGCUUAUUGUACUAUGUUGGCGUCUUCACAGUCCGAAUCAGAACGUCAAAAGAUUCGAAAUAAAAUGAAUGACGAUCCUGUACUAGCAAAAAUUUUGCGACAGUUAGAUACAGGUAAAGGUGAUGAUGAUGCUGAUGAAACGAUGGAAGCAAGGGCACAACGUAAACGGAGAGAAGAAAAUGAAGAUACUGGCGGUCCUGGUGGGCAAGUUCAAGGCACAAGGAAUCUAAUAGAUUUAGAAGACUUGAUAUUUGCACAGGGCAGUCAUUUUAUGGCAAACAAGCGUUGUCAAUUACCUGACGGAAGUUUCAGAAAACAGCGUAAAGGAUACGAAGAAGUUCAUGUUCCUGCUUUGAAACCAAAACCGUUUGCAGAAAAUGAGAAACUGUAUCCAAUUGAUCAAUUACCAAAAUACGUGCAACCAGCUUUUGAAGGUUUUAAAACAUUAAAUCGAAUUCAAAGUCGUUUGUUUCAAGCUGCAUUAGAAAGCGAUGAAAAUUUAUUAUUGUGUGCGCCAACAGGUGCUGGUAAAACCAAUGUUGCUCUUUUAUGUAUGAUGCGUGAAAUUGGGAAACAUAUUAAUGCAGAUGGUACGAUUAACGCAGAUGAAUUUAAAAUAAUUUAUGUUGCACCGAUGCGCUCUUUGGUACAAGAAAUGGUUGGAACUUUUGGUAAAAGAUUAUCUACGUAUAAUUUAACUGUGUCAGAGUUAACCGGUGAUCAUCAAUUAACGCGGGAACAGAUAGCUGCAACUCAGAUUAUUGUCUGCACUCCCGAAAAAUGGGAUAUUAUAACCCGGAAAGGAGGAGAGAAAACCUUCACUUCGUUGGUCAGAUUAAUCAUUAUUGAUGAAAUUCAUUUGCUACACGAUGAGAGGGGCCCUGUUUUAGAGGCUUUAGUAGCUCGGACAAUUAGGAAUAUUGAAACAACGCAGGAAGAUGUGAGACUAAUUGGCCUCUCUGCAACAUUGCCAAAUUAUCAAGACGUUGCAGCAUUUUUACGUAUAAAACCAGAAUCAGGAUUGUUUUAUUUCGAUAAUAGCUUUAGGCCUGUUGCGUUGGAGCAGCAAUAUAUAGGCGUGACAGAGAAGAAAGCGUUGAAACGUUUUCAAGUAAUGAAUGAAAUUGUGUAUGAGAAAACAAUGGAACAUGCUGGCAGGAAUCAAGUCCUGGUUUUCGUGCAUUCGCGGAAAGAAACUGGGAAGACAGCACGCGCUAUCAGAGAUAUGUGUUUGGAAAAAGACACGUUAGGGCAAUUCCUUCGAGAAGGAUCCGCGUCGAUGGAAGUUUUAAGAACAGAGGCUGAGCAAGUUAAAAAUCAAGAACUGAAGGAUUUGCUACCUUAUGGUUUUGCUAUUCAUCAUGCUGGUAUGACCAGGGUAGACAGAACAUUAGUUGAAGAUCUUUUUGCAGACAGACACAUACAAGUUCUAGUAUCCACGGCGACUUUAGCUUGGGGUGUCAACUUACCAGCACAUACAGUUAUCAUAAAAGGGACUCAAGUCUACAAUCCGGAGAAAGGCAGAUGGGUUGAAUUAGGCGCUCUAGACGUGUUGCAAAUGUUGGGCAGAGCUGGUCGUCCGCAGUAUGAUACUAAAGGUGAAGGUAUUCUCAUAACGAAUCAUAGCGAACUUCAGUACUAUCUAUCUCUACUAAAUCAGCAAUUACCUAUUGAAUCGCAAUUAAUCAGUAAAAUGUCAGAUAUGUUAAAUGCAGAGAUAGUGUUGGGCACUAUACAGAAUAUUAGAGAUGCGGUCACUUGGUUAGGCUACACAUACUUGUACAUUAGAAUGCUUCGCUGUCCAAGCUUGUACAGCAUAAGCCAGGAUAAGUUGAAGGAAGAUCCGUUACUCGAACUACACAGAGCAGAUCUUAUUCAUUCAUCCGCAGUGGGAUUGGAUCGCAGCGGCCUGAUCAAAUACGAUCGAAAAUCUGGGAAUUUCCAAGCCACUGAACUGGGCCGAAUAGCGUCGCAUUAUUAUUGCACUCACGAUACGAUGGCUAUAUACAAUCAGUUAUUGAAACGCACUCUGAGCGAGAUUGAAUUGUUCAGAGUAUUCUCAUUGUCUAGCGAGUUCAAACAUAUAAACGUGAGAGAAGAGGAGAAGUUGGAAUUGCAAAAGUUGAUGGAGAGGGUGCCAAUCCCAGUGAAGGAGAGUAUAGAAGAGGCAAGUGCGAAGGUCAAUGUACUUUUACAAGCGUAUAUCUCACAAUUGAAGCUCGAAGGUUUCGCUCUCAUGUCUGACAUGGUAUUCGUUACACAAUCAGCGUCACGAUUGAUGAGAGCCAUUUUCGAGAUCGUAUUGUUUCGUGGCUGGGCGCAGCUAGCGGACAAGUGUCUGUCUCUGUGUAAAAUGAUAGAUCGCCGAAUGUGGCAGUCGAUGUCGCCACUCAGACAAUUCAGGAAAAUGCCAGAGGAGAUUGUGAAGAAGAUCGAGAAGAAGAAUUUCCCUUGGGAGAGGUUGUAUGACUUAGGGCCGAAUGAAAUCGGCGAACUGAUCCGCGUACCAAAGCUAGGUAAAACCAUUCACAAGUAUAUUCAUCAGUUUCCAAAACUGGAGUUGUCGACGCACAUUCAGCCAAUUACCCGGUCAACGUUGAGAGUGGAACUGACAAUUACACCAGAUUUCCAGUGGGACGAGAAGGUACACGGUGGCUCUGAAGCAUUUUGGAUCCUAGUCGAAGACGUGGACUCUGAAGUGAUACUCCACCACGAGUACUUCCUACUCAAGGCCAAAUACGCGACCGACGAACAUUUGAUUAAAUUCUUUGUCCCUGUAUUCGAGCCUUUGCCACCGCAGUAUUUCUUGCGCGUCGUAUCGGACCGAUGGAUCGGCGCGGAGACGCAGUUGCCCGUCAGCUUUCGACAUUUGAUCCUGCCAGAGAAGAAUCUACCACCGACCGAGUUGCUCGACUUACAGCCGCUCCCGAUCACCGCGUUACGCAACUCCAAGUUCGAGAACAUCUACGCGGACAAAUUCCCGCAGUUCAAUCCGAUACAGACACAGGUAUUCAAUGCUAUUUACAAUUCGGACGAUAACGUUUUCGUUGGCGCACCCACAGGCUCUGGCAAAACAACUAUCGCAGAGUUUGCCGUGUUACGUUUGCUUACUCAGAAUCCAGAGGGCAGAUCCGUAUACAUGGUGAGCAAGGAAGCCUUGGCAGAAUUGGUUUACGUAGAUUGGUCGGCGAAGUUUAAUCAGCAGUUAGGCAGGAAGGUGGUUCUUCUCACCGGCGAGACAGGGACGGAUUUGAAAUUGCUUGCGAAAGGGCAGAUCAUAAUCACGACUGCCGACAAGUGGGACGUACUGUCGCGAAGGUGGAAACAGAGGAAAAAUGUACAGAACAUCCAGCUGUUCAUCGUUGACGAGCUUCAGUUAAUUGGCGGGGAGGAAGGACCUGUGUUGGAAGUCGCGUGUUCAAGAGCCCGGUACAUUUCCUCGCAGCUAGACAAACCGACUAGGAUCAUAGCGUUGUCCGCUUCGCUCGCUGAUGCGAAAGACGCUGCUCAAUGGCUAGGCGCACCAGCUGCUGCAACUUUCAAUUUUCAUCCGUCCGUCAGGCCGGUACCACUGGAGUUACACGUGCAAGGGAUAAAUAUUACCCACAACGCGUCCAGGUUGGCUGCCAUGGCAAAGCCGGUGUACAACGCUAUACUGAGACACGCGUCUCACAAGCCCGUGAUUGUUUUUGUACCUACUCGUCGCCAAGCCAGACUAACAGCCAUCGAUUUGUUAACAUUCACCGCAGCUGAAGGGCAACCAUCUCGGUUCUUCCACGCGGAGGAAGCUGACAUCAAACCGUUCCUGGACAGAAUGACGGACAAAACGUUGAAAGAAACACUCUCGCAAGGUGUUGCUUACCUUCACGAAGGUCUCUCCGUGGACGAUCGCCAUCUGGUCGAACAGCUUUUCGAGAGCGGUGCUAUUCAAAUAGCAGUUGCCACGAGAGACCUGUGCUGGGGUUUGUCCAUCAGUUCUCAUCUUGUCAUCGUUAUGGAUACACAAUGUUACAAUGGAAAGACACACGCGUACGAGGAUUACCCCAUAACCGACGUUUUGCAAAUGGUAGCGCGAGCGAAUCGUCCAUUGGAGGACGACGAUGCUAAAUGCGUACUUCUCUGUCAAAGCUCGAAGAAAGACUUCUUCAAGAAAUUCCUGAACGAACCUCUGCCCGUGGAGAGCCACCUGGACCACCGAUUACACGAUCAUUUCAACGCAGAGAUCGUGACUAAGACGAUUGAAAACAAACAAGACGCGGUUGAUUAUCUUACAUGGACUUUCCUUUACAGGCGACUCACGCAGAAUCCAAAUUACUACGGGUUACAGGGUGUGACGCACAGGCAUUUGUCGGAUCAUUUGUCCGAAUUGGUGGAGAGUACUCUGAGUGAUUUGGAACAGGCAAAAUGCGUUGCCGUGGAAGAUGAAAUGGACACGCUGCCCUUAAAUCUCGGCAUGAUCGCCGCCUAUUAUUACAUCAAUUACGCAACGAUUGAAUUGUUCAGCCUUUCGUUGAACAACAAGACCAAGAUCAGAGGUCUGUUAGAGAUUAUCUCAGCAGCGGCUGAGUACGAGACUGUCCCAGUGCGGCAGCGCGAGGAGAAUUUGUUAAGGAGCUUGGCAACCAGGCUUCCGCAUGCACCUCAGGCUGCAAGGAUGGCUGACCCCCAUGUGAAGGCGCAACUUCUACUGCAGGCGCAUCUGUCCAGAAUACAACUUGGCCCGGAACUGCAGAAAGAUACGGAAUUGGUGUUGAGCAAGGCUAUAAGAUUGAUACAAGCCUGCGUCGACGUUCUAAGCUCGUCUGGUUGGCUGGCUCCUGCUGUGGCUGCUAUGGAACUGGCACAAAUGGUCACCCAAGCAAUGUGGUCUAAAGACUCUUAUCUGAAACAGUUGCCACACUUUGCCGCCGAGACCAUCAAACGUUGCACAGACAAGGGAGUGGAGACGGUGUUUGACGUGAUGGAAUUGGAGGACGAUGAUAGGAAUCGGCUUUUGCAGUUGUCUGAGACUCAAAUGGCGGACGUUGCCAAGUUUUGCAACCGUUACCCCAACAUAGAGAUGUCCUACGAGGUUCAGGAUAAAGAUAAGUUGCGCAGCGGUGGCACGGUGAACGUUAUCGUGCAGCUUGAAAGGGAAGACGAAGUCACAGGUCCAGUUGUAGCGCCCUUCUUCCCACAGAAACGCGAGGAAGGCUGGUGGGUCGUCAUCGGCGAUCCAAAGACCAAUUCGUUGUUGUCCAUCAAGAGAUUAACACUGCAACAAAAGGCAAAGGUCAAGCUCGAUUUUGUAGCACCUGCUCCUGGCCAACAUUCCUACACUCUCUAUUUCAUGAGCGAUGCUUAUUUAGGCUGCGACCAAGAAUACAAAUUUACUAUCAAUGUAGAGGAGUAUGAGUCUGACGUCAGUUCAGGCUCAGAAUCAGACUAAGAAAAGAAGAAUUAAAAGGAUAUUUAUUAAGCAUUGUAUGUAUUAUAAUUACCCAUUGAUCUUUUACAAAUAUAAUCCCAAGGAAGUGUCAGUUUUUUUAAAUUAUCAUAUUCAAGCAAGAAUCAAUAAUAUAUACGUAGAUAUAAUAGUAUAUGUAUAUAUACUAUUAAAUAUGUCGUAAAAUAAUAGUCUCUAUAUAUCAAUAUAAUUAAGUACAAAACACACAUCAUUUUGAAAUCAGAAAGAUUCUAGCUUUUAGGCAUUGUUUAGACUAAGCAGAUUAAGCAGAUUGUACAUGUAAACUCAUUCAUAAACUCGUUUAAUGAUACUAUACUUUUAUCGAUUCUGUACCAUUUUCUUUGGAUCUAGCAAUUUUCUAUGGAUGUAAAUCUAUUGAAUUGAAAAGGUAAAGGACAAAUGUCUAGGUGUAGAUUUGGCGAGUGAUGUUGAAGAUGGAGAAAGUGAUGUAUUUUCAUAUUUUUCUAAUCUAAUACCUACAUUGACACACUUCUGUUCAAACGAAUCACGAAAUGUUAAAAAAUCGAUAAUUACGAAACGAAUAUUUUCGACAUAGAACCGCAAAGGUUUGCCACUACACACGAGCAUGUUAGCGAUGAGUGAGUGCAUGAUGAGAAAUCGUGCGAGAAUUGUCAGUGAUAACUGUAGCGUCGUUAGAUUGAUUAAAAAGCAUUGUACGUAAUUGUACGAAAUUCUGUAAAUAUAUCAAUGGUCGUCUUUCUUCA